GUGAAACACUGAAACUGGUGUUUCGCUCGUAACCUUAAAAUCUUGUUGAAAACAAAUAGUUCUCUCUUUUGGCGUUCUUAGCCUGCCCUCGUGUAACAAUCUUGUAGUCCUGUGCAAAAGCGGCACAAUGGGUAAAAUUAUGAAAUCUGGUAAAAUCGUGCUGGUGUUAUCUGGUAGAUACGCAGGCCGAAAAGCUGUCAUUAUGAAGACCUAUGAUGAAGGUACAGCAGAAAGACAAUAUGGUCAUGCGCUGGUUGCUGGUAUAGAUCGUUACCCUCGGAAGGUAACCAAACGUAUGUCACAGGAAAAAUUAAAAAAACGAUCUAAAAUCAAACCUUUCCUGAAAGUGCUCAAUUACAACCACCUUAUGCCAACUAGAUACUCUGUACAAGAUGUAACAGUAGACAAGGUUUCACCUAAAGAUUUAAAAGAUCCUAUGAUUAAAAAGAAAUACCGUUUCCAGACCAGAGUUAAAUUUGAAGAGAAACGUAAACCGGUCAAAACUUCACAUGCAUCCCCACCACAGGCCCUGUAUACUUGACGGCAAACGUGCCGUCUUYUACAACCUAAAAUUGGUGACCAAUCAUAGAGUGAGUAUACUCAGCUAAGGAGUCUGGAUGUCAUUCUGUGUUUCAUUUGGAUAYGCCAAAGCGGUGCAUUCUUAUUCUGGAUAGAGUAUAAGUUAUAUUGAACAAAUUGCUUGAUAUAAWAACGUGCGCUUUUAACUUCAAAAACAAUUGUGGUUUUAACAUURUGAUUAUUUUAUAUACAAUACAUAGUACAUUUUAAAAUUUAUCGAGUAUCAGCCGAUUACUAUAUGACAAACCUAACCACUAAUAGCUCGUGAGUCUAAGCAAUGUAACAUGUAUAGAUUUGUAUUCCUUAAUUUAAUGCCUCACUUUCUGAUAUAUGGUCAUUCAUAUUUAUAUUUUUUAACAUUAAAAUCAAAUUCUAGACAUGA